AUGGCACCUCAAAUCAGCGAGAAGGAACUGGAUGAGAUAUACGCAUUCGCCGUGCAAUUAGGCAAAGAUGCAGGCAAGAUGCUCAUGGAUGCCGCGAAGCUGCGGAUGGCAAGCGGAGGGGCAGCACAUGAGUCCGUGGAGAAGGAGAACGCUGUCGAUAUCGUGACCAAGACAGAUACAGGCGAGUUUGAUACCUUCACAAGCCCCUCGAUAUCAAAGACCUACCCAAGCCACAAAUUCAUUGGGGAGGAGACGUAUUCCGCCGGCUCGUCAAAGGAUUACCUCAUCGACGACGAGCCAACCUGGUGCGUCGACCCGCUCGACGGCACCGUCAACUACACGCACCUUUUCCCCAUGUUCUGCGUGUCCAUCGCCUUCAUCUUGGGGGGCAGGCCAGUGGUGGGCGUCAUAUACGCCCCUUUCCUGGGCCAGCUCUUCACCUCCCGCCGCGGCGGCGGCGCCUUCCUCAACGAGACGCAGCGCCUGCCCCUGGUGCCCGGCGUGCCCGUUCCGGCCAACGCCCCCAAGGGCUGCGUCUUCAGCUGCGAGUGGGGCAAGGACCGGCGGGACCCGGGCUCCGGCGAGGGCAACCUGGGCCGGAAGCUCGAGAGCUUCACCAACAUGGCCGUCGAGGUCGGCGGGCGGGGCGGCAAGGGGGGCAUGGUGCACGGGGUGAGGAGCCUCGGGAGCGCGACGCUGGACCUCGCGUACACGGCGAUGGGGUCCUUUGACAUCUGGUGGGAGGCUGGCUGCUGGGAGUGGGACGUCGCGGCGGGGAUAGCCAUCCUCGAGGAGGCAGGCGGCCUCGUGACGACGGCGAAUCCGCCCGAGGACCCGGCUACGGCAGACAUCCCGGAUGUGAGGCUGGGCAGCAGGCUGUACCUCGCUGUAAGACCGGCUGGGCCCUCUGCCACAGAAACCGCGCGUGAGGGGCAAGAACGGCUGGUGAGGGAGGUGUGGAAGCGAGUUACGGCUCUCGAUUAUUCUCGGCCCGGGGCGUGA